GGGGAGGCCGCGGCGGGGCCGUGCCGGUGGGGGCGGCCUGGGCUCGGCGUGAGCGGCGGGGCCGGUGCCUUCCCCGCAGGACUGGUGCCAUGGCGGCGGACUCGGAGGUGCUGCACUUCCAGUUCGAGCAGCAAGGGGAUGCCGUGCUGCAGAAGAUGAACCUCCUGCGGCAGCAGAACCUCUUCUGCGACGUCUCCAUUUACAUCAACGACACGGAGUUCCAGGGGCACAAGGUGAUCUUCGCCGCCUGCUCCACCUUCAUGAGGGAUCAGUUCCUGCUCAACCAGUCCCGGCAGGUGCGGAUCACCAUCCUGCAGAGCGCCGAGGUGGGCAGAAAACUGCUGCUGUCGUGUUACACGGGGGCUCUGGAGGUCAAAAAGAAGGAGCUGCUGAAAUACCUGACGGCCGCGAGUUAUCUCCAGAUGGUUCACAUCGUGGAGAAGUGUACAGAAGCUUUGUCGAAAUACUUGGAAAUCGACGCUUCCAUGGAGAACGGUAAUCAGGCUGCAGAGAGGUGUCAUUCCUCGGACGCCGAACUGAGGAACGGGGAGGAGGUUGUAGAUGAAGACUGUGAAAUAAUUGAGAUCUCGGAAGACAGCCCGGUGAAUGUAGAAUACCCUGUGAAACAGGAGAAUGGGGACGUCUCGCUGCCCACAGCACAGAGCUUGAUCUCGGAGAGGAAGGACGCAAAAACCCCAGAAAUAUCAACAGUUGAAAUCGGAUAUAAGGAUGACGAAAUCUGUAUUUUCAGAAUGGAUUCCAUGAGCGAAGCGAAUGUAGAAAAUGAUCAUUUUCCUCAGCCUUGCACAUCCUCUAAAACAAAUUUAUACUUCCCAGAAACCCAGCAUUCCCUGAUAAAUUCUACAGUUGAAAGCAGAAAUACAGAAAUGUCAGGAAAUCACUUUCAGGCUUUUGUCGGUGACAAUCCAGAAGGAACUUCUAGUCUGGUGAAUGGGUUCCAGAGCCUGGAUGACUCUGGCAAUUCAUGGCGGCACCAGUGUCCCAAGUGUCCGAGGGGAUUUCUGCAUCUUGAGAACUACCUUCGACAUCUAAAAAUGCACAAACUCUUCCUGUGCCUGCAGUGUGGCAAAACGUUUACGCAGAAGAAGAAUCUGAACCGGCACAUCCGGGGGCACAUGGGUAUCCGCCCCUUCCAGUGCAUGGUGUGCUUGAAGACCUUCACUGCCAAAAGCACACUUCAGGAUCACCUGAAUAUACACAGUGGUGACAGGCCCUACAAGUGUCAUUGCUGCGACAUGGACUUUAAACACAAGUCUGCUCUUAAAAAGCAUUUAACUUCUGUUCACGGAAGGAAUAGCAGCGAAAAAACAAACCUGAACGCUAUUACAAAAGUUAAAAUAGACUAUGAUUAAUAGAUGGGUGGUUGUGGAGCCAGGUUCCGCAGAAAGUUCCUGCCUCGUGAAAUUCUAGACAAAAUUCUAGAUACAGAUCCCCACGUAAUGGAGAGAAGCACAGGAAUGUGACCGGUGAUCAAAGACAGGCCUUGCGAGCAGUAAACUUGCCUGCUGUGUUAAGGUUGCUAUUGCUGUAAGCAUGAAAAAGGUGUUUACUAGUUAAAAGUAAACUGCAAAAUAAGGGAAAUUAUUUCAUGCUUCUCUUCUAUUAUUCUGGAGGCAUUCUGAAUUCACACAUCCCCCGACCCCCGAUUAUGUUUUACACUCCCCUGUUCGAAGGGCGGGUACUGCUGAUUUUCAAAGUGUUACUGAUACUGCAAUAAGCUGAAGCCUGAGCCGUGACAUUCCCGAUCUGUAACGGCUAAGGAGAGGAAUAUUUGUAUUUAUUCAGCAAGUCAGUCAUUCCCACCCAGUUCACGUAUCAUUUAUGGUGAAAUCAUCUUAUUUGCCCAAACUUUGCUAGAUCUUUCAACAGGAAGAAGGCAUGCUUUCAUACUCAAGUCUCUGAUGUUUAAGAAAGAACACCCAAUAGACAAAUAAUGAAGGAAGCUUUCAGAUUGCCUCUUACAAAUAGAGAAUUGGUAAAAGAGAGACAGACAGUAUUGCCUUGCAGUUAAUUUUUAACUGGAUAGUCUCAUUAGAAGGACUUGCUUUCAGUUUUAUGAGUUCUGAAUUUUUCUAAACUAAUGUUUUUUUCUCACACCAGUAUUUUGCACCUGUAUUUGACUAAUUCCUAUUAAGCUAGUCCUAUUUGUUGAGUUGUAACAUUUGCCUUCAUUUUUUACAAAUCUUAGAUACAUACACUAAUGUGAAAAAUUAAGCUGUGUGCUGUUAACGUUAAUAGCAGUUUCUACGUUAAUUUGGAAAAGCAAUCCUUUAUAUCUUAUUAGGAGUGGCUUAGACAUAGAGGUCUUCUCAUACUCUACUUCUGUGAUACAGUAAAACAGUAACUAUGUGUGUUUGGAUAGGAGUGUUUGUACUUUGUCAAAGGUCAUUUCAGUUUCAUCACAACCACUGAAAGCUCUGUAACGCCGAAUCUUUAUCCUGUACCUGUCUUUGACUGGUAUAUGUUUCUUCCACUUAAUGUGAUAUGAAUAAAGAGUCAAUUCAGUUGUUAAUAGGAGAUAAUGGUACUUACAUUAGAUUCUCUCCAGUUAGCAAAAAGCAGUAGUUCUUAAUCUUGUCUGUAUCACGAGGGUGCACUUUCCUUCAAGUUUCCAGAAGUGCUGAUAUGAAGUUCUUGCUCUGAGUCCAGAAGUCUGGCCCAUGUGCUCCAUAACCUGGCUGGUUUCAAUACAAGACAAUAGUUUUUAAUGUCAGUUAACAUGUUUAUCUUACAUUCCUUCCAUCCCCUUUUUCUGUGAGUGUACCAGCCAUUGCUUGGGGUUUUAUUUAUCAGCUUUGUGAGGGGUUGGGUGUGUACAAGAUCUACCGUGCAGUUUCCUGUUAUUAUCUGUAGUAGGCGUGGUCAGCUGUGCCAACAUUGUCACUAUCUUAAGAUCUAGGUAAUUUCAGUUGAAGAGUUUUUAAAAACUUGUUUCAUGAGGGGUUUUUCAAGCUCUUCAUCUGAUAUUACUAGCACUGAAAGUACAUAUUAGUUGGAUUGCGGCAAUAUUUGCAGGUCCCAGUUCAUACUAGGCCAUGUUGUGGUAGGCAGCAGAUGUCUUCCUUCAAAACCCCGUAGUCGAAAUAGGCAAGUAGCGUGUUCUGAAGCCGAGCACGCCACUAGAGCCAUAUUCUCCCAGAACUUCACAUAGACAGUUGACUGGUGAAGGACUCCAUUAUACUGGAUCACUGGAAAGGCGAGCGUGCCAAGCCUGCACAUGGGGGCAUCCCUAUGAAUAAUGACAGAAAUUACACCCCCCCAGUAAGCAGCACGUGUAACUGGGAAUUAAAACCACCUGGUUUAUCCAGGAUUUUAAGCAUAAGGCCCAACCUUUCACCAUCUCUGCUAUUGUUUCAUUUGCGAUUCGAGUUGAUAAUUUCCUUUAUUUUGGUGAUUUUUAUCUAUAGUAGUUGUAGUUAAAAUUGUCAUGACAGUUAGUUACCAUAAUUAAAAGGUUUGGGAGUCAUCUAUGGUGCAGCCACCUGGCAUUUUG